CAAGAGUGGCCAGCCUGUGGCUUCUCGGGCAGGCCUGACCCAAGAGGGAGGAGAGCAUGGGGACGGGCUGCACAGGGGCGGGAGAGCCCGUGACUCCUCCCUUUUUCAGUGGCUACUGUGUGAGACCCCUGGCUGGGGUUGAGGCUUGGGUACUCAUUUGUGUAGGUCUGUUUCUGUCACUGUUCGGGGCACAGAGGGCCCGGAGGAAUAUGUGCUUGUGUCUACACCCUGUGUUCCUCCAACUAGCAGUUUGGGGAAAGGGUGUUUGUCUCCAUUCCAGCCACACCUGUUCUUGGUGUGUGUAUGUGUGGGUGUGCACCCACAUAUAAGUGUGUGUGUGUGUGUGUGCGUGCGUGCGCGCUCAUAUGUGCCCCUAAAGCAGACAUCUAACUUCUCUCAGGCCCACUAGCACGGGCCUCUUGUCACUUGCUUGCCUAAUGCUGCCUUGUUAUGAAAGAUGUCAUCCAGGGGAGGGCCAAGGGAGGGGCGCUGUCCCCUUUUCUCACAGCUUUCAGGAAAGGAGAUGGGGUGGCCUAUGGGGAUGUGGCUCCUGGCUGAGCCUCACCCCAGCAGCCUUCUACAGGACCCCCCGAGUCUUCGGGGCGGGGGGGGCUGUUGCCAUGGUGGCCUGUGUGCAGUGAAUUCCUCCAGGGUGAAGUGGGAGAUAUUUAUACCCAGGGUCAGGGAGAGAGCGGGCAGGCAGCCGAGGGCAGGAGAGCCGGGACUGUCAGGGUCCAGAGAGACCACUGGUUGAGGUGUGUAGGGGCAGGUGGGUCUGGGCGUGCCCUGCUGUCUGUCUCAGCGUUUUCACCUGUGUCCAGAGGCAGCUUGCUUCCCUUACAAGGGGCAAUGGCAUCUCCCUGCCACAUCCUGGCUCUCUGCGUGUGUCUCCUCACCAUGGCCAGUGCAGAAGGUCCACAGGAACCGGAUCCAUUCACCUAUGAUUACCACACACUGAGGAUUGGCGGCCUCACCAUCGCUGGGAUCCUCUUCAUCCUGGGCAUUCUUAUCAUCCUUAGCAAGAGAUGUCGGUGCAAAUUCAACCAACAGCAGAGAACUGGGGAACCCGACGAAGAGGAGGGAACUUUCCGCAGCUCCAUCCGCCGUCUGUCCACCCGCAGGCGGUAGAACCUCCACCUGGCUCCAGGAAGCUCAGCCAGGACUUCCUGAACACCUGACUCCUCUCCUAACCCAACUGCUUGCCCGUGGCCACCUGCAGUGUCCCUUGCCUCAGCCCUGUCUCUCGGACACCCCUUACUGCUAAGACCUCCAAUAAAACUCGGUUUUUCCUCUUGA